AUGCGAGAACUGCAAUGGGGUCAGAUCAACUUCCUGCACACAACAGAUACCCACGGCUGGCACGGCGGACAUCUGCAAGAGUCGCAGUACUCGGCUGACUGGGGCGACUACAUCUCCUUCGCCCACCAUCUUCGAAAGCAGGCAGACGAGAAGGGUGUCGAUCUAUUGCUUGUGGACACUGGCGACCGUGUAGAAGGAAACGGCCUAUACGAUGCGUCGACACCGAAAGGCGAAUAUACCUACGAUAUCUACCGAGAGCAGAAUGUCGACAUCAUUUGCACGGGAAACCAUGAGCUAUACCAGGCAGACACCGUGGAGCGGGAGCAUGACCGAACAGUCGUCAACUUCAAAGACACUUAUAUUGCGUCGAACUUGGAUUAUGUGGACCCAAAGUCUGGCGAGAGAACACCCAUGACUCGGCGAUAUCGGAAGUUCCAAACAAAGAACCAGAAGCUGAAUGUUGUGGCCUUCGGGUUCUUGUUCGACUUUACUGGCAACGCAAACAACAGUGCGGUGCAGCCCGUGGAGGAGACGAUCAAGGAAGACUGGUUUCAAGAGGCCAUCAGAGAGAAGCCUGACUUGUUUGUCGUGAUUGGUCAUGUCGGCAUUCGGAUGGACGAGUUCAAGGUGAUCUUCACAGCUAUCCGAAAACAGAAUUGGUUCACUCCGAUUACCUUCCUAGGCGGACAUGCGCACGUCCGCGACGCAACCUUGUACGACGCCAAAGCUUUCGCCGUAGCGAGUGGCAGGUAUUUCGAGACCAUUGGCUGGGUGUCCGUUGAUGGCAUCAAGAAGAGCGAUAAGGACAAGGACAAGAACAAGGAGGACGAUGUCACGACACAGGCUAUCAAGUUCAACAGACGCUACAUCGAUAACAACCUACUUGGACUCUAUCACCAUAGUGGCUUGAAUGAGACGACAUUUCCCACUGAGCACGGCCGCAACGUCUCGAAAAUGAUCACCGAAGGGCGCAAAGCAUUAGAUCUGGACUUCACGUACGGGUGUGCACCCCAGGAUUAUUGGAUGGCUAGGACCCCCUACCCCCACGACAACAGUAUAUAUAGCUUGCUUGAGAAAGAGGUCCUCCCUGGCGUCAUCGUCAAUGAGACCAAGGAUGCUCUUCCAAGGCUAGCUAUUAUCAAUACGGGAGCCAUCAGAUUUGACAUUUUCAAAGGGGCCUUCACCAGAGAUACGACAUACAUCAUCUCUCCAUUCUCGAGCAAGAUGGCGUAUGUGCCCGCUGUGCCAUACAAGGUCGCAAGCAAGGUCAUCAAGCUGCUGAACAGCGGCGGCAGGAUUUUCGAGGGCACCGGUCUAGACUCAAGGUAUCUAAUGAUGCCCGAGCAAUGGUCUCGGACUGAGUCAAUUGUCUAUCCAACAGUCGAGCCCGAUCUGCUUGGUGUGGUAGAAGAGGGCGAACAAAGACCACUAGGAGACGACUCAAAAGACGAACCAGAUCUUGUCGGAGGCUACACAACCAAGGACGAUAUUGGCAACGAUGGCGAUGACGCCGUCCAUUCGCCUCUCUCGUUCUAUGCACAGCCGAACUGCAUUCAAUCUGAGAUUGGGAUGCCUGAGGAUGGUGACCCGGAGAAAGUUGAUCUUGUCUUUACCGACUUCGUUCAGCCAUGGGUUCUUGUAGCUCUCAAGUUCAGUGGAGGUGACUAUAGCGAUAAAGACGUGAAGCUGUGGGAUGAUGCUCCUUUUACAGAUUUGUUGGCUGGUUGGAUCAAGAAGAAUUGGAAGGGAGAUUGUUAA